AUGGCCACGGAUUUAGAGACAGCAGCCCUCAACGGGACUCUCUUUCGACCUCGUUCCCCUUCUCCCACACGUUCCGCAUCGACCGCUUCGCCAGAGAACACGGACGAUGAACUUGGAUCUGAUAUAUCACCUUCCCGACCACCCUCUGCCGCGGCAUCUUCCCAGGCGCUUUUACACGAUGGACCACAGACAGGACCCAAAGGUGUGAUCGAAGACCGUAAAGCUGUGGAACGACAUGCCAGAAGACAACAGGAAGAAGUGUUAAGACAAAGAGUAGAGGAACAGGCUGAAAGGGCUAUCGUGGUGCCUAGUUAUAAUGAAGAACAAGCGAGGGAGAGAGAAGAAGAAGAGUUGAGGUCAAGAUGGAGAAGAGAAAGGAGAGAAGAACUUAGGUCGAAUAGGGAAAGAGGGGAUAGUCCUAGGAGAGGAGGGUUGAAAGAAGUGGGUCAAGAAGGUUUUGUCAAUGCUGUGGAGAGAAAUGGAUGGGCUGUGGUUUUGAUCUAUGAGUCUGAAAUACAACGAUGUCAGACCAUCUUAGCUUCUAUGCUACACCUUUCACUCAAUCUUCCACCCACCAUCGUCCCCCUCGCUCUGUUCAGGGCACGAGCCACCACCUUGUCUUUUUCACUUCUCCCGCAUCUACAACCCGACCCGGAGGACGAAUACAGUGAUGAAGAAGACGAAAGGAAAGGUAAACCAGAUCCGGAUGUGUUACCGACUUUACUUGCUUAUCGGAAUGGAGAAUUGGAGAAGACUUGGAUCAGGGUUGAUUGGGAUGUUGGGGAGGAAGGAAUUGAGGGGUUAUUACGAAAAGAGGGGAUCUUACCCCAAAUCGGAGAUCUUCAUUUCCACGGCGGAAAUGAGUUAGACGGUGACGAGUAUGAGUGA